GUGCAAAUGUUUCUGUUAUUCCGACCCCAAAGCCCACAAUCCUCUCCCUUCUUCCCUUGCUAAAUUCCUGCAAGUGCCACCACAAAAUGGAUAAUCGGAUCGAAGAUGACGACGGCGACUUUUUCGCACCUUUCACCACGGCUACUGGUUCUGCAGAUACAUCUGGCGCCAGAGAGCACCUUAAUUUUCACUCCCACAAUCAAAACUACAUCUUCUCUCCGUCGCCACCACUAGCGAGUCCUGACUCCGACGACGGCAGUGAUGGCGACCAUAGUAACAAUUGCAAAUUCAACCUCGACGGGACUCAAAGAACGCCAAAGAUAUUCGACCGGUUCUACGAUUCCACAUCCGACGAUGACGACGAGGAGUUCAACCGCCAAAAUGACGCUGCCCAGAAACGCCUCGACUACAUGAUCCAAUUCCUCGACCGGAAACUCUCUUCUUCGUUGGACUCCGCGUCAUUUAACAGCCGCAACAAUAGCACCACUACUCAGCCUCUUCCUGAAUUUGUAGGCCGUGGCGGUGGCAGGGGCAUAUUCAAGCUCCCGGACCGGUCAGAGGUCCACCCGGAUAGACCGCCAUCCCUCGAAUUGAGGCCUCAUCCUCUUAGAGAAACCCAAAUUGGGCGGUUUUUGCGGACCAUCGUUUGCGCAGGCGAUGGAUCUCAGCUGUGGGCUGGUUCUGAAUGCGGGGUUCGUGCUUGGAACUUGAGAGAUAUUUAUGGCUUGGCUCAUGAUGAGGAGUUUGACCAUGAUUCAGCACCGUUCUGUGAAUCAGUGGAGACCCCUCCUACAUUGUGCCUGGUAGGCGAUGCUGCAAAUAAGGUUGUCUGGAGUGGGCAUAAAGAUGGCAAAAUCAGAUGCUGGAAAAUGGAUAGUGCUGGUGGAAACCAAAGGGAUUUUGCAGAAGUUCUAUCGUGGCAGGCUCAUAAUGGUUCAGUUCUCUCUAUGGUCAUAACUUCCUAUGGUGAUUUAUGGUCGGGAUCUGAGUGUGGUGCUAUCAAGAUCUGGACUUGGGAAGCAAUUGAGAAAUCGCUUUCUCUAACAACAGAGGAGCGCCAUAUGGCUGCUUUAUUAAUAGAGAGGUCAUAUGUGGAUAUUAAGAGCCAAGGUACACUUAAUGGCAAUAAUAUAUUCUCUUCUGAUGUCAGAUACAUGGUGUCUGAUCGCUCCAGUGCAAAAGUGUGGACUGCUGGUUACCAGUCUUUUGCAUUAUGGGAUGCACGGGUGUGGGAGUUAUUGAAAGUCUUCAACAUAGAUGGCCAGGUUGAAAGCAUCUCGGCUGUUCAAGAUCCUGUAAUGGAAGAAGAGUUGAGGAUGAAAUCUGUAUAUGGUUCAAAGAAGGAGAAGUCACAGACCUCCUUUAGUUUCUUUCAGCGAUCGCGUAAUGCUAUUCUAGGAGCGGCUGAUGCUGUUCGUAGAGUUGCUGCAAAAGGAGGUUUUGGAGAUGAUAAUCGCAGAACUGAAGCUCUUGUCAUUACGAUUGAUGGAAUGAUUUGGACCGGGUGUGCUAAUGGAUUACUGAUCCAAUGGGACGGUGAUGGAAACCACGUGCAUGAAGUUCAGUACCAUACUUCUUCUGUUCAAUGCUUUUGUACUUUCGGAUCACGAAUAUGGGUAGGAUAUUCCAGUGGUACUGUUCAGGUGCUGGAUCUGAAUGGUAAAUUGCUUGGAGAUUGGUUAGCACAUGGGAGUCCAAUUUUAGGCUUGGCUGUCGCUGACGGUUAUGUUUUUACCUUGUCAAAUCAUGGUGGUAUACGUGGGUGGAGUAUAUUGUCUCCAGCACCCGUUGAUAGUCUAUUGCAUUCAGAGUUGGCUGAGAGGGACUUUCUAUAUACUAGAAUAGAAGAUCUGAAAAUAUUGGCUGGUACAUGGAAUGUUGCACAAGGAAGAGCCUCUCACGACUCACUCAUAUCAUGGUUAGGCUCUGCAGCUGCAGAAGUUGGCAUUGUUAUUGUUGGGCUGCAGGAAGUGGAGAUGGGUGCUGGUUUUCUUGCAAUGUCUGCUGCCAAAGAAACAAUGCAGGUAGGUCUUGAGGUAAGUUCAACAGGGCAAUGGUGGCUGGACAUGAUAGGGAAAAUAUUGGACGAAGGAUCAUCUUUUGUACGUUUUGGUUGCAGGCAGUUGGCAGGCUUGCUUAUUGCUGUAUGGGUCAGAAGAAAUAUUAGUCAUCAUGUUGGGGAUGUUGAAGUUUCUGCAGUUCCAUGUGGGUUCGGGCAUGCAAUUGGGAACAAGGGAGCUGUAGGCUUGAGAAUGAGAGUGUAUGGUCGUGUUAUGUGCUUUGUGAACUGCCACUUUGCUGCACACUUGGAUGCUGUUGGUCGUCGAAAUUCUGAUUUUGAUCAUGUGUAUCGAACAAUGGUCUUCAGUCGUCCAUCUAACCUUCCUAAUGCUUCUGCCACUGCCGGUGUCUCAUCUGCAGUUCAGAUGCUACGUGGUGCAAAUGGAGCGGUUAACUCUUUAGAAGCUUUGCCGGAGCUAUCUGAAGCAGAUAUGGUCAUCUUUCUGGGGGAUUUCAAUUAUCGUCUUGAUGGAACAUCUUAUGAUGAAGCAAGGGAUUUUAUCUCACAGAGGUCUUUUGACUGGCUAAAAGAGAGGGAUCAACUGCAUACAGAAAUGGAAGCUGGCAAUGUCUUCCAAGGAAUGCGGGAAGCAGUAAUCAGAUUUCCUCCCACAUAUAAAUUUGAAAAGCACCAGCUUGGUUUAGCUGGGUAUGAUUCUGGGGAAAAGAAGCGUAUUCCUGCCUGGUGUGACAGAAUUUUGUACCGUGAUUGCCGUACCUCUUCAGUUACCACAUGCAGUUUAGACUGUCCUGUAGUAUCUUCAAUUUUGCAGUAUGAAGCUUGUAUGGAUGUGACAGACAGUGACCAUAAACCAGUGCGGUGCAUAUUCAGCAUUCGGAUUGCUCGUGUAGAUGAGUCGGUGAGGAGGCAAGAGUAUGGAGAGAUAAUUAGAUCUAACGAGAAAAUCAAGUCAUUGCUCAAAGAAGUAUAUGAAGUUCCCGAGGUAGUUGUCAGUACAAACAACAUAAUCCUCCAGAACAUGGAUGCAUCCAUCUUGCGCAUCACAAAUAAAUGUGGGAUGGGAAUAGCUCUGUAUGAGAUUGUUUGUGAAGGCGAGACCACCAUCAGGGGUGACGUGCAACCAUUUGAUCAUCGUCCAAGAGGUUCUUUUGGUUUCCCGAGGUGGCUUGAGGUAAGUCCAGUUGGUGGGAUUAUUGAACCAGAUCAUAUUACUGAAGUCGUAGUUCAUCACAAGGAUUACCAAACAGUGGAGGAGUUUGUGGACGGCGUCCCACAAAACGGUUGGUGUGAAGAUGCAAGGGACAAGGAAGUAAUUUUGGUUGUCAGGAUCCGUGGAGGCUGCACCACCGAGAUGAGGUGCCACCGUGUUCGGGUUCAGCACUGUUUUUUAGGCGGGAGCAACAAGACUGUUCCUCAUAAUAAUAAAAAACCCGGCGACACUAAUAACCUUUUCCGGGCAGAUGUACUUCACCGCUCUGAUAUUCAGCACCUUAGCCUAUCAUCUGAUGUGUUUGAGCACCUAAAGAGUAUUCAGAGUCCUUAAAGAAGGAUGCCAGGGUGGUGAUGGUGUUUUUCUAUGUCAAACACAAGUGGACUUUCACAAAGUAAAAUACGAGGUACAAAGAUUGUUUGUUCAUACAUAUAAGUAGUAGUCGCCAGAGGUUAUCUCAUACUACUGCAGCAAUUCUCGACAGUUUGAUUUUUUAAAGGCUGUUCUUGUUUAAUUGUUGAUAUGUACAUUGUUUCAAGCCUGUUUGGGUUGUAAAACUGGCUAUUCAUAUUGGAAAUUUGUUGUGUAUAGACUAUAGAAUAAUGAAAUUUUAGUUUUGAUUUUCAAAUAUACAUGCAUACAACGAAGGCAUUUUUUCUUUUUCCUUA